AUUCGGCAUCAACUUCCGCUUGUGUCCUUUUUCAUUCACAAAAAAGUGGAAAUAAUCAUUGCUAGCGAGUGACAAGUGGCGUUGGAGUGUUGAUACAGCGGACUCUUUUGUUUAAAUCGCAUACUUUAAGGCAAAUAUCGCAAAUGGCAAAGUGCUAGGAAUCACGCGAGUCAACAUUAAAAUCAAAUUCGCACCUCUGUGAGAGUGAGCUUUCUCGAAAGAAAAACGGGGGUUUAUCUCAGGAGGAAUUCACAUUGAAACAUCUCUCUUUUUUGUUGUUUCUUUCUGUGGCAUUUAAGUGUUGUUCAGGGUGUGCUACAUUGUUGGUGUGUCGAAAAAUUUGCGUGUUUAAUCGUUAUUCGUUUGGCAAAUCCUGAAACGGAUCUUUAACAAGUACAAGAAUUUGUGCAAAUUUGUGGUGAAAAUUCAUCGAACAAUUGGAUUAUGUUCUGCACAAAUCCACGCUUUUGCUUAAAUUGAUUCCUCUGAAAGUGACAGGGAAAAUUCUAUUUCCGGGACUGAAGCAAUAAAAUAUUUAUACACAGACAGAAGGAACUCUCUAAUGUACAAUGGUGUAAAAAGGAUUCUUUUUUUCUCUCCGAAAUUGACUGAAUCAUUGAAGUCUGAUAUUUUCAUAAAUGUUGUGCUCUAACUUUGGCGGUGUGACAGUUUAAGUAAAAUAAGGAAAAAUUCCGGAAAAGUUCAUCAGAGUGAGACUGAAAGAGGACAAAACAGGAGUGAUAAAUGACAAGAUAACGCACACAAGGAUACGGAGAAAAGUACACGGUGUUUGUGGAUUGGGAGUUUUCCCCGAUCAGAAACUCAUCGAGAGAGAAAAUCCCGGGGGUUGAAGUCUCAGCUUUUCCGCCCGGUGGAAAAUUCACCACCGCCACCCACUUCUAGUGCGCGGCCCCAUUCGAGGGGCGGCAAUGCAAACAGACAUCCUCUGUGCGGCUGGUGAGCGCUCGUGAGGGUGGGUGAAAGUGGUGAAAGCGCACUCGAUGAGGAAAAACACCCAAAUCCGCCAUAUUUGGUAGAUUUUCCUCCCCAUCGCUGUGUGUAUUGUGUGUUAUUGAUUACGAAACAGCGUAGAGCGAGAGCGAGAGGGCGCGAGAGAUCUGAGAGUUGCAAUUUUUACUUUGACAAGACACUUGAGAAAAAGUUUCACGGUGAAGUGUUGAGAGAGUUGGGAGAAAAAAACACAGAGGAAAACUCUUCGGCGAAUGAAGAAUUGAGCUGAAUUGGAAUUUUUAGAGCUAUGCUGUGUGCGCGAAGAGAGACGAAUUCUGUGGUGGUGUGAAAGUGCGACGAAAAUUGUCAAAAGCUCAGUCAAGAGACAGGGGCAGAACGCAAAUAGAAUCCGCGGUGGUUGAGAAAAGGUGUGUGGUGUGUUUUAGUUUGAAUGGUGAGGGAAGGAAAAGCUCCUGUGUCGGAAUCCGUAGCUUUUCCGGGAAUCCCGGGCGCUGUGGCGAUAUAAGGGUGGAAGAGACGAAUCCGCGCGGUUGUGUGACGAGGGAGAGAGGGAAUCGUGUGAAAAUCGAAGGUCGAUUUUGAGUAAAUUUCGCUGAUUUUGUGUUCUAUUGUCACAUCGAGGGUAAAUAACUCUCAAUUGCAGGCACUACAACGAAGGGGGGCGGGUGGCUUUUGAUCGGAGGCUGACUCGAGUGUCUCUCGUGGGGGCUGUGUGGUGUGGAUGCACCCCAGAAGACAAGGAGCCGAAGUGUGUGUAUGUGUGCGGAUAAAAAGCGACGUAGUUGAGGGUGGCAAGAUGUAGUGUGUGCUUUAAAGUUCACCCAUCCACAAGCAGCCCAUCCCAAAUGGCAGCGAGAAAGUUCACGAGUGCGGGGUGUAGAUAGACUGUGACGAGGUAGAGAGAGAGAGAGAGAGCGAGAAGAGAUAUUGAAGAAGGAGCGAGAGUGUUUUUUUUUCCGUGAAAGAUUUCCUAGAACUGUGCAAAGCCUGUUGGAAGAGAAGAAGUUCAUCAGGCGAGAAGGACAAACGAGAGCAAUUAUAAGUGCAGAAUUUUGCGUCCGAGAGAGGAAGCUUGCGUUGCAGUUGCGGAAACUCAUUCAAAGUGGCGGCAUCAAACGAAUUAUCCCCGUCUCUCCCCACUUCUUCGCCACCCACCACCCCCCAGAGUGUUACUCUCACACCGCUGGAGAAUUCACCCACGAUCCUCAUUGUGGGCGAGGCGACCUCAGCGGCUGUCUCGUCCUCCACCACAGACACUUCCUCAUCUGCCACACUGUCCACCUCCUCCCCCACCGCCUCCUCCUCCUCCACCAGCGCCGCGUCAACCUCCACGGCCACCCUCGUUGUCACGACAAUCGCCCAGCAUCAGCCGCAACUCACGAAAGCGGCCGGCUCCUCGGGAACGACAAACCCAAUCGCCAGGGACAUCUCGUCGACGGGAGGCGUCAUGACAGCUCAAAUUGAGAUAAUCCCAUGCAAAGUGUGCGGAGACAAAUCAUCGGGCGUGCAUUAUGGUGUGAUCACAUGCGAGGGCUGCAAGGGCUUCUUCAGGCGGUCUCAGAGUUCUGUGGUGAAUUAUCAGUGCCCACGGAAUAAGCAAUGUGUAGUGGAUCGUGUCAAUAGGAAUCGAUGUCAGUAUUGUCGACUGCAAAAGUGCCUCAAAUUGGGAAUGAGUCGUGAUGCUGUAAAAUUCGGACGAAUGUCAAAGAAGCAGAGGGAGAAGGUGGAGGACGAGGUGCGGUUUCAUCGGGCGCAAAUGAGAGCCCAGAGCGAUGCGGCACCCGAUAGUUCUGUCUUUGACACCCAAACGCCAUCAAGCAGUGAUCAACUUCAUCAUGGAUACACGUACCUCAAUGAGGUGGGAUACACUAGUCCCUAUGGUUAUUCCUCAUCUGUGACGCCACAGCAGACAAUGGGUUACGACAUUUCCGCCGAUUAUGUGGACAGUACAACAACAUAUGAGCCUCGAAGUACGAUGAUUGAUCCGGACUUCAUUGGCGGACACACCAGCAGUUCUGGCCCUCAGCAAUCCUCCUCUUCGCCACCGACGCCGACAGCGGUGGCGCAGGCGGGUGCCACGGCGGACAAUCAAACCACCACCGGAAAUGGUACAAACAAUUCAAGUACAAUUGUCACCAUAAAGCAAGAGUCACUCCAAAGUGUUGACAAUUUAGUUGGCAAUUUUGUCGAUUCCACGACUUUCUUGCACUCACCAAAUAGUCAGAUGGUUAACCCAAAUCUCGUUCAAGUUCAAGGAGCGUCAGCAGGCAACAAUAUUCGCCGAGGAUCUGAGUGCUGCCAUGGUGAUUCAAAUCCUCCUGGUUCGGGUUCCCAGAGCCACCAACAUCAGAAUGCCCAAAUAACUCAAAUAACAACAUUUGGCGAGGACGAUAGCUCUUGUGAUUCCCAUACGAGAUGGGCCGAAGGUGACAUCAAUGAAGUGUUAAUUAAGACACUCGCUGAGGCGCAUGCAAACACAAAUCUCAAGUUAGAAGUAGUUCAUGAUAUGUUUAGGAAACCGCAGGAUAUGUCUCGGAUAUUGUACUAUAAGAAUUUGGGUCAGGAGGACUUGUGGCUGGAUUGUGCGGAGAAGUUGACAGCAAUGAUUCAAAAUAUCAUCGAAUUCGCCAAACUCAUACCUGGAUUUAUGAGGUUAAGUCAAGAUGAUCAGAUUCUCCUGCUGAAGACGGGCUCAUUCGAAUUGGCCAUCGUAAGGAUGUCACGACUGAUGGAUCUCUCGCAAAAUGCUGUUCUAUAUGGUGAUGUCAUGUUGCCACAGGAGGCCUUCUAUACCUCUGAUUCAUUUGAGAUGAAAUUAGUUGCAUUUAUCUUUGAGACUGCAAAAAGUAUUGCGGAACUUAAACUCACAGAAACUGAAUUGGCACUCUAUCAGAGUCUUGUGUUGCUGUGGCCAGAACGAAAUGGUGUCCGGGGCAAUACGGAAAUUCAAAGACUGUUCAAUAUGAGCAUGUCAGCAAUACGACAAGAACUAGAAUCAAAUCAUGCACCGCUUAAAGGAGAUGUCACGGUGUUGGACACACUUCUCAAUAAAAUUCCAACAUUCAGGGAACUCUCCCUGAUGCACAUGGAAGCACUGAGCAAAUUCAAACAGGAUCAUCCACACUAUGUGUUUCCUGCACUGUACAAGGAGCUCUUCUCCAUCGAUUCACCCCAAGAUCUCACAUAACAUAGCGACGACAGCAGUGCCGCCGUGGUUCUCAUCAUACAAGAGGCAGAAAUUGAAUACAUCUGAGACAUUGCGUAGUGUUCAAGGGGGAGAAUUCUGUUAGAGGCACGCGGCGUCAGAUGGUUAGGGGCAGAAAAGAGUAACAUUUACUAUUAAACAGACAAAUGAGAGCAAGAGAGAGAAAAAAUGGCGAAGAAAAGUGAUAAUUAACUUCAGCAAGAUGAGAAACUGUGUGUGAAAUGUCUUCAAUUAAUUUUCUAUCCCUCAAGAUGUUUGUAACUUAUUUAUUAUUUGUCCAUUCUCUGCCUUUUCACCCUCCUCCUCACAACUUGGGAGUCACCCUUUGACUUUCUCCAGCUCGCGCGCGCGAGAAGAUUCUGAAGAAACUCUGAACUGCCUUCGUUUGAUCGAAACUUGUGUGUUCAUUUUUAUUAUGGUUUUUUAAGUCACUAUAUUUUUUUACUCCAGUAUAUUUCGAUGUAAUUGCGUAUUGAUGCAUUUUUUGUAUUCUUUUAUUUACUUAAUAUUUGCUAAAUGUCCAGAUGAAAAUAUUGAGAAAAGAGAAAAAACGUGAAGAACAGCAACAAGGAAAGGAAAGACAAGAAGUCCCACAAUCAGGAGGAGGGUUUGAAAUUGAGAGAAUAAAAGAGCAACACAGUGAGAAGAAGAAAGUAUAGGAAAUGCAAUUAAAUUAAGAGUAAUGAAAAAAAAUGUAAAAAUAUGCACAUAAUUUCUAAUAUUUAUAUUAACUAAUUUACUUGAAGAAGAAAAAAAUUCAAUAAUGGAAAUCACUGGAAAUUUUUGGGUGAAAAGUCGAUUUUUUUUUAAGUACUUCUUUGUCCUCUUUUUUUUGGUCUUUUCUUUGUAUAACAUGUCAUUUAGUUAACGUUACUCAAAUUUCUUGCAUUAAAUAAUUAUAUUGGUGUAUAUGAAUUUAAAUGUAAACUAUAUUAAUUAUAGUUCUGUUCUUGUUGUUAUUAUUUCGUAGAAGUUAAUGUUUUUGUUUGUUUCUAAUAAGUGUAGUUUCCCCGUGACGUAAAAAAAACCAAGAACUAACUCUUUUCUACAGCACUAUGAUUUUUUGUAAAGAUACGUAAAUUUUAUCAACACAAUCUGUUAUCUUCCUCUUCUCUCGAACAAAAAAAAAACAAAAAACGAACCAAAAUCUUCCCUUUUACAGAUUAAACCCAGUAAUUUGUUCGCAAAAAGAAUAGCAUUAUAAAUAUCCAGUGAAAAUGCAUAUUUAUUAGAGUUCACUUUUGGAGGGAUUUAUUAUAACUUUUAUUAUACUUUUGAGAGACAAUUUGACACACACACACAAAAUACUGACAAAGAUGAUGGAAAAAAUAGCAAUUCAAUAAAAAUAGAAGAGAUACCAAAUGAAAAAUUAGAAAUAACUUGCAGAUCAAUAAUGUAUUUACAUAAAAAGUAAUGUCAUGAAGACGUUUUUGGUUGAUUUUCUCUGUGAAACAUUAUCAAGAACAGUUUGAAGACAUCUUCAAUCUCUUUGACGUAUAAAAUGCAAUCUAAUAUUUAUAUAACACAGAAAAAGAAAAAAUAGAUUUACAAAGAAAGAAAAAGAAACCUACUGUUAAAGCAUUGAAGAUGAGAUAUAUAAGAUUUUAUUGAGAAGUAAUGAGACUUUUUACUACAUAAAAAAUAAUAUCACACAAAAAACCAAUUCGAUUUCUGAAGAUUGUGUUUGACAAAAAAUUAUUCUUCUUGAUUUCCUUCAAUACUUGCUUUUUUCAUUUGAUAUCUUCUUUUUCCACUUUAUUGCAAAAUUUUUGCGGCAAUAGAGAGCAAACAGAAGCAUAGAAGAAUGCAUGAAGAAAUAAUGUAACGAGGAGAAAAUUUUGUGAUAUGUUUAAAAGAAUACAAAAUGAUGAGCGGCGCGCGAAAGUGGAGAAGUGUGAAAAUAGCUGUAAAAAAUGUUUAUUUGUUGAAAUGUUUUUUUUUUAUUGUCUUGUGUAUUUUUCCUCAAGAUUAGAAUUUGUAUUGACUCUUUAUUUUGCAUCUUCAUUAAGAAUAAAAAUAGAAGAAAAAAAAUGAACGGAAAGACAUGAGAACAUAUACGAUUAAAGAAAUAGGAAAAAAGAAGAAAAUAGUCAAGCAAAUAGACAAAAACCAGAGAUUUAAGCAAGACGAAAAACAAUCUUCUAUACGUACUAAAAAAAAAAACAAAACAUUACUAGAAAAAGAGUAAUAAUAAUAAUAAAAAAUGUGAAAUAGGCAUUUUUCAAAGUAGCAAAUGUUAAAAGGAAAAUAUAACACUUCAUCGAUUGUUUUUCUCAAGCUCUAAAAAAAUUGCAGACUCACACUUAAGAUAAAAUCAUAAAUAUUUCACCAAUUGGUUUAGCAUCCCCUUUUUCGUUUGGUUUGGUUCUACAACUCUUGAUCACGAUGGUUCAUAAAAUCAUCGAGAAAAUAUAGUAGAAAAAUCACAUUUUCAAACAUCUAGUAAUGAAGGAUGAGAAAACACAGUAAAAAAAAAUUUUAAGAGAGAGAGAAACUUAUAAAUGUAUGGGUGCUUCUAUAAUAAAAAAAAUGAAGAAAAAUACAUGUAUGAAUUAAUUGCCUUAAAUACAAGAUUAAUGAUGAAAAAAAGAAGAUUUAAUAUAUAUUAAUGACAUAAAAUAUAUACUAAAAGUAAAUCUGAAUAAUUUAAUAUUAAACAUAAAGAAUUAUAUUAGUAAUUAUUAUUAACUAUUAUUAUAUAUACAAUAGUGAGAGAGAAAGAGAGAAAAAAGUGAAAAAAGAAGAAAAAAAAACUUGUUAAACAUAAAUGAAACCCUUUUAAAAAAAAUUAUAUUUCACUGAAUACAACAAAGUAAAAAAAAUAUAGCGUGAAAGGCGAGAGAAGAGCGUGAGUGAUGAGAAGGAAAAGAGUAAAAAAAGAAAAAAAGAUGAGAGAAAUAGAUGAAAAUUUGCUAAAAACUAAAAGAUUGACAUUAGAUACAAUUUUUUUCUGAGAGUAGUCUUAAGUGCAUAAACUUUAACAUGAGAAAACAUGGUAAAAAGAUUAUUAAAAAAAAAAUAUUGCGUAAAAAAAUAUACAACACUUUUACAACAAAAAAAGGAAAAGAUACAAUGAGACGAGAUCAUUUUCAAAAAAAAAAAACAAAUUUU